AGCCUGCGGGGGGCGGGGCCGGUGGCGGCCGUCUGUUCCCGUCAGCCCUUGGGCGAGGCGGCGGCAGGGCCAUGUCGGUGGCGUUCGUACCGGAGCGGCUGCGCGGGAAGACGGAGGUGAACCAGGAGACGCUGCAGCGGCUGCUGGAGGAGAACGACCAGUUGAUCCGGUGCAUCGUGGAGUACCAGAGCAAGGGCCGGGCCACCGACUGCGUGCAGUACCAGCAUAUCCUGCACAGAAACCUCAUUUAUUUAGCUACAAUUGCUGAUGCGACGCCACACAGCACACAGAAGACCACAGAGUGACUGCAUGUACCUGGACACAAGCAGGGAUACUUUAACCAUCUGUAGAACUACUUAGUUUAGAGUCCUGCUUUUAUGAGCUGAGAAGGUGUGGUCUUGACAGGCAGGUAAAAAGGCAUCCAUGCGUUUAUGUUGAAAAUGUGAAUGUGGCUUUUAAUGUAAUAUUAGGCUAGUUUCUUCCCUUUUUCUGUAAGCAGAACUUCUUAAGGGUGAUAAUUGUCAUAGUCCUGUUUCGUUUCCCCUCUGAAAAACUACAUGUAGUGUACUACUGAACAUAGCCUGGUGGUAAGGACAGUGCUACCACAGGGGCCUUGGAGGCCCUGUGCAAUCUCUUGAAGCAGAGGCUUUCAUGACUAAGAUUGUACAAUAACAGGGAAGCAUUAAACUGGAUAAUUUCUACCUCCAACACAACAUAGCCAGUCAUUUAUUGCCAUAGAUGCAAGCAGAAGACUGUCUUGUACCUUGUACUGUAAGAACUUAAUAAAGAUGUUAUUUAUAAAUAA